AUGCAACUAUCCUUCUUCUCGCUCUACUGCUACAUUUGCAAUGGCUCCGGCAUCUUGCUCAACGCGAUUCUUCUCUUCCUUUCCUCCCAUAAAAGUAUCGAAACCAUUCGGGAGCUCCGCUAUUUUCUCUCCAACAUCGCCGUCUCUGGAAUCGCCUUCGCCGCCUCCUUGUUAGUCCUUCAGCCGCAAGUGGUGACACGUGGCACGAUGACGAUCCGCGUGGUGCAUGGACCAGCGCAGUACUUGACGGAGAAUGCAGUGAAAGCAAUCGGAUGUGUCACGGUGAUCUCGUAUAUGUAUGCUUUACUAUCGUUCCCACUGUUCUUUAUCUAUCGAUCGAUGAUUUUGGCGAAUAGCAACAUGUUCGGUCAGUAUUUCACAAAGAACACAUUGAUGGUCACUUUGGUCAUAGUUUUUGUGUUAUGCUGCACGGAGAGUGUCUUCUUGUACUACUCGUCAAUUCCUUAUGCGGACCUUCUCGACCGUGCCAACCGUACCACCUCUAUCGUCGAGGAAUUCGAAAACUCGACUCUCCUCCUGAACCAACACCUUCGUAACAUGGACAUCAACUCUCAGCACCCCGUCACCAACGUCUCCAGCGGAGUGAUCCAAUCCGCCGAGGAGCUAAGCGGCAAGCGUCACUUAUCCCUCUUCGGCGACGAUCACUCCCGCAAUCCGCUUAUCCUUAUAUUCCACGGAAUCCUUGUGAUCUGUCAUGUGCUCUCCUACCUCAUCAUACUCGUCUGUGCUCAUUUCAUGUUGAGAACACUCAAAACGAGACAGGGAACAAUGUCAAAAGACACGAUGCUCGAGAACGAGCUGCUCGUCCAUUCCGUGUUCGCCGUGGCGUUUAUCCCGUUGUUGCUCUCGGCGCCAGUCGGUGCCAACGCCGUGUUGGUGACCGUUUAUGAGAAUAGUUUAAAAUGGCAAGAAUUCCUACCAACCUACUGUAUGUCGAUGGUACCCGUCUUGUCUGCACUCUACACUAUUGUGUUUAUCGGACCAUACCGAGAUGCUAUUAUAUCGUUUGCCACUUUGAAGUUUUUAAAGAAAAAUCAAAAUGAUACGCGGAAGAAUGAUGAUGACUCUUAA